AUGCAGGGAGACCCAGGCUACGGUUAUGGUGGCUACGGAGGCUAUGGCUACGGCUACGGUGGUGGCUACGGCAACGGCUAUGACAUGGCCGCGUACGGCAAUGGUGGAGCGUACUACCCCAACGAUCACCGGUACCCCGCGGCGGCACCGCCGGCUCCGGCUGCCUAUGAGGACCCGCUCGCCGGUCGGAGGCAGCACGAUUUCCCGGCACCGCUCACCGGGCUCGAGUUUCAGCCGUCGGACACCUGCCCCAAGAACUACGUCAUCUUCGACCAGACCUACGACCGGAGCAGGGUCAUGUACCACCCGUCGCUGGCCAACAACUUCGGCUCCUCGGGCGGCUACGACCAGCACUGCAACAACAACAACGGCGGCUACGACCAGAACUACGUCGGCAAGAGCACCUACUACGGCGGCGGCGACGACGGCGGCGGCGAGUGCUCGAUCCGGCAGAAGGAGGACACGGACGAGAUCGACGCGCUGAUGAGCUCCGGGGACGGCGAGGAGGAGGACGACGUGCUGAGCACGGGCCGCACGCCCGGGUGCCGCGGCGGGGGCUCGCCGGACUCCACGUGCUCCUCCGGGUACGUGGUGAGCGUCAGCCCGACCGGCAACAACGCCACCGGCAACGGCGGAGGCGGCGGCGAGAGGAAGAAGGACCGGAUGAAGAAGAUGAUGAAGACGCUGAAGGGGAUCAUCCCCGGCGGCGACCGGAUGGACACGCCGGCCGUGCUGGACGAGGCCGUGAGGUACCUCAAGUCGCUCAAGGUGGAGGUGAAGAAGCUCGGGGUGCGCGGGUCGAGGAGCUAGCUUAGCUAGGUAGCGAUCGAUCGAUCGGUCCAGCUCACAUGCAUGAUGGGCCAUGGCA